ACGGUCCGACUACAUAGUACAUACAUAGUCCCUCUACACUCGUCGUUACACUGUUAAACUUCAUCAAUCCGUUUGAUCGUGCAGACGUGGUUGUUACAAAGCGUAGUUUGCUGAAUCUGUGGUAAUUAAUGCAAACAAUGGCAGAAGAGGCAAAAGGACCGAUUGAACAUAAUCCGAAAAUUCUCUCAGGUCCAGUGUUGGCCAAUUCACCAAACGCUUUUCUGUCGAAGAGUGUUCUAACAAGAUACAAUGAUCUACCAAUACCUAAAGACAACAUCCUGGCUACAUACAUCUGGAUAGACGGUACCGGAGAACAUGUGCGCUGCAAAGACCGCACUGUGAACUUCGUCCCCAAGACUCCGAAAGACCUUCCCAUAUGGAAUUUCGACGGGAGCUCAACAGGACAGGCUGACAGAAAGAAUGCUGACACAUACCUGAUACCCCAGGCGAUAUAUAAAGACCCCUUCCGACGCGGGAACCAUAUUCUUGCGAUGUGUGACACUUACACAUACAAAAUGCAACCAACUGAAUCGAAUCACCGAAUAAAGUGUCAGGAAGCGUACGACCAAUGCAAGGAUGAAGAGCCCUGGUUCGGUAUAGAGCAGGAGUACAUUCUGCUCGAUGCUGACUUGAGGCCGUUCGGCUGGCCCCCUGGCGGAUGUCCACCACCGCAGGGGCCCUACUACUGCGGAGUCGGAGCUAACAAAGUUUUCGCAAGAGAUCUUGUUGAAGCCCAUUACAGAUGUUGCCUGUACGCUGGAAUACCAAUAUCAGGCACCAAUGCUGAAGCCAUGCCUUCACAAUGGGAGUUCCAAGUCGGCCCCUCAUUGGGAGUGAAUGGUGGAGAUGAUCUCUGGGUAGCACGAUACAUACUUCAUAGAUUAGCCGAAGAAUUUGGAGUAAUCGUUUCUUUCGACCCCAAGCCAGUGAAAGAUUGGAAUGGUUCAGGCGCUCAUAUGAAUUUCUCUACAAAAACAAUGCGUGCAGAAAAUGGUAUUGAAGAGAUAGAGAGAGCAAUUGACAAGCUUUCGAAGGCGCAUAUGAAGCACAUAAAAGUAUACGACCCUCGCGGUGGGAAGGACAACGAGAGACGUCUCACUGGACUCCACGAGACUGCCAGUAUUAACGACUUUAGUGCAGGUGUUGCCAACCGUGGGUGCAGCAUCAGGAUUCCGCGAUCGGUCGCUUUCGAAAAGCGAGGCUACUUCGAGGAUCGAAGACCAGCUUCUAACUGCGAUCCAUACGCUGUCAUCAAUGCGCUUAUUCGUACUUGUAUCUUGAAUGAAUAAACCCUUCUAAUUGUACUUUUUUA